AUGACAGAGAGUGCAGGCACUCAACCUCUGGUUUCAGCUAGCCAUCUAGCUCAAGCUUCUUCCCAGAUCUCAAUACCAUCAACCACCACACCAAACACGUCUCAGAGUAUAAGUAAAAGCACUCCACAGUCAAACAAUGGAACAACAGCUUCAGGGUCAGUUACUACAAGUUCAUCAAAGAAGAGAGUCCGUACUGGUUGUAUGAACUGUCGAAGAAAGCAUAAAAAAUGUGAUGAAGUCAAGCCAAUUUGUUCAACUUGUCAACAAAAGAAUGAAAAUUGUGAAUGGCCAACGCCAAAGCUGAAAAAAUCAAACUCAAGAAGGAGCUCACUGAGUAUUCCAAGCAAUGGUUAUGGCGGUUAUACCACUAGCGCUGCAGUUAAUCCUGGUGUAUCAGCUGUCAAUUCAUAUUUGCAACAGGGCGCUAACGUGAAUUCCAUGAAUUAUCCCUUACAAUCUAGACCAGUGUCAAAUGAAGCUUCUAUAAACCCUUCUUUCAAGAGACCAAGAAUAGAAACAUCGUCGCCGCUGGAACAGCUGAGUCAAUUGGUACCAGCUAGUACAGCUGCUCAGAUUAAUCAUCAACUCCCACAGCAAAUGAAUCAUCAAGAACAAUCGUUUAUUUCAAAUCGUCCAAAUUCUUCUCAACAACCUCCAAACGCAUUACAUCCAGUAUCUCCAUUUGGUACUUUAGCAUUUGAUGAUCAGGCACCCAGAAGAGCUUCAACAGAUUUAUCUUCGUAUUCUUUGGUGAACGCUGCAAAUGCACCUUUAAUGUCACAAAAUCAACAUCAACUUCACUUUACCCCAGGUCCUCAGAUUCGCUCUCAAAACAAUUUUACACCACCAUUACAACAACAGCAAAUACAAGAAUAUCAACAAGCACAUUCUUUGUCUUAUCAAUCACCCGCUCCAUCAAGUUCAAACGGAAAUUUAACAGAUCCAAAACUAAAUUUGAACAAGUUACUGAACUCACAAGGCCCAAUAAACCCACAACAAUUACAGCAACCCCAAUCAUCCAUAAGACAUGAGCGGUUUUCUGCUUUAGAUGAAACUUUGAAGACAAAAAUUGAUCACUCAAGGGUGGUUGAUGGUGAAACAAAUCCAAUGACAAGCACAGUACAUAACGGAACAGUUCCUUUUGAUCAGUUGGCUUUCAAAACUCUGAAAAAAAGGUUAGACAGUUUUCUUACCUAUAAUAUGGUUACAAAAGAAACUUUCCCGUAUGUUGAGCUUUCAAGCUCCGAACAAGCCAUGUUGAUUAAUCGUUUCAUUGUUCAUGUGUCUCCAAAAUUGAAUGUCUUGGGAUCUGAUUUUUGGUCAAGCUUUGUUCCUGUGUUAUCAAAAUCUUCUGACUUGGUCAAGUGUGCUAUCUAUACUAUUGCUUUAUUUGAUAUGAAAUGUUUUGAAAAGGGUCUGCAGGUGUUUUUGAUGAGCUUCAAUUAUAUGCCAGAAGAAAGAGGUAAACUACCAGUGUAUGUUAGCUUAACGAUAUUAACCCUGGCAACAACUUUAGUUUCGAGCCACACAGACUGGAAAGUCACUGUCAAAAAUUUGUCUACUUUCCUUAAUACCAAUUCUGCAAAAGAUAAUACUUGGAUUUCAAAAUCUUAUAAUAAUGACUGCUUAUGGUGGUGUGUUCUGAAGGAAAUUGAUACUUUGGAAAUUGGUGAAGAAGGUUCAGCAUUCUCUAAGGAAACAUUAGAGUCUUACACUCAAGGAAGUGAGAUCACACAAAUCAUUUCUCUUCUCUCACAAACAGUUAAUUUAAUUGGAUCCAAUGAUAUUCAAGAUUUUGAUGAAAAAUGGAGAAACUUGUGGGAAAAAACACAAGCAUGGUUCCUAAAUAGAAACACAACUUCCCCUUUAAUUGAGUUCAAAACAAAUUCAAGUGGUGAUUUCCCAGUUCUGGUCUAUGGAUCUGGGCCUGCAGCUUUAUCUAACCAACUAUACCAUACUGCAAGUAUCAUCUUACUACAAAAUAAGCCUAGGACUCUCAGAUUUCAAUCUUCUGUUAGACCUGUUACGUACCAUGCUAAGCAUAUUGUUGGAUCAACAUUGAAUAACGAAUAUUUGGAAUCUUGGAAUAAUAUUAAUCAAUGUUUAUGGAAUGCUGGUAAGAUUUUCACACAUCAGGAUGAACAUAAAACUAUUCUGAAUUUAAUUGCUACAAUUCAAGAGAAGACCGGUCAAGUCCCUAGAUAUAAUGUUGGUUCAUUUCAGCAAUACUGGAGAGAAACCAGCUAA